AUGGUCGACCGCCCCAAGCCGUUCCAGUACUGGACCACCGCUGCCCAGCAGCCUGUUCGCCACCCCGUCCCUCUAGUCACAGAAUACGUGCUCAACUACGAUGAGGAGACUGGCAACGAGACUAUCAUCCAGACUCUCCAUGCGGGUUACAAGGGCGACGGUUCCUACGGCCACGACUUCACUGAGGAGGUCUACGUCCUCUCGGGAACUGCAUACUGCGGCACAGCCAAGAAAUGGCUCAAGCCAGGAGACUACUGCUGCCGUACUCCCGGCAUGGUCCAUGGCCCAUUCCACUGUGACGAGGAGUUUUCCGCGCUUCUGAUCAACACACGCACCUACACCGGAAAGCCCAUGGUUAAGGACCCCCCGCAAUGGGUUUACAACACGGACGACAAGAAGGAAGAGGCAAAAGAGUAG